GCAAUAGGAAUCGAAAAGUGAGAAUUCGGACAAAUGACACAACUCUAACCUCAAAUUUCGCAAAAAACGAAAGAUAGAAAAAAAUGAUUUCGGCACGUUUUUCACACAAAUUCUUCAAACGAAUCAACCUCAAUAAAUUCUACUCAUCUUCUGUUCCUAAAUUUCCUCGGCGAAUUUUCUCAGGAAUUCAACCAACCGGUCAGAUACACUUAGGCAAUUACCUCGGGGCUAUAGCACAAUGGGUUAAACUCCAAGAAAAUAACGAGGAUAUGAUUUUAAGUAUUGUAGAUUUGCAUUCUAUCACUUUGCCACAAGACCCCAAAACCUUGUCUAAGAAUAUACUAGAAAUGGCAGCCACGUUAUUAGCUUGUGGGAUAGACCCUUCCAAGGUUAUUUUAUUCCAACAAUCGAUGGUACCUGCCCACACACACCUGUCUUGGUGCUUGGGGUGCAUUUGCACAAUGCCUAGACUUGCACAUCUACCAGCCUAUAAAGAAAAGUCGGCAAACCUGAAAGACAUCCCUUUGGGCCUCUUCGUUUACCCGGUUUUACAAGCGGCUGAUAUUUUAGCUUACAAGGCCACCCAUGUGCCUGUUGGCGAAGACCAAGCCCAGCACAUCCAACUCACCCAAGACCUAGCCAGAAUGUUUAACAACCGCUUUGGGGAGACAUUCCCCACCCCUCACUGUAUUUUCCCCGGAAGCGACUUCGCAAGACUGCGGAGUCUCAGAGACCCCGCCAAAAAAAUGUCAAAGUCGGACCCCGACCCCAAGAGCAGAAUUUGUCUAAUUGACCCACCUGACGAAAUUGUGAAAAAAAUCAAAAAAUCGGUCACCGACUUCACGUCAGAGGUGACCUACGACCCGGAAAAUAGGCCAGGGGUCGCAAACUUAAUCAGCAUUCAUUCGUUCGUGACCGGAAAAACUGUAUCACAGAUUUGUGACGAAGCCAAAAAUUUAAAUACUGGACAAUAUAAGCUGCAAGUUGCCGAUGCGGUGGUGAGUCAUGUCGCCCCCAUACAGAAAAAAAUCAGCGAUUUGUUGCAUAACCAAGACUUUUUGCUACAAGUGCUUGAAAGUGGCGCUGAAAAAGCGACCGAGAUAUCAGAGGCAACGCUUCAGGAAGUUAAGGAUAAGUUAGGGUUGCAAUUUAAGCGCAAAACUGUACAUAAACAUAAACUGAAUUUAUAAAAAACUUUUGCAAUCA